GGUGUGCCGUGGCGGGACCGAGGCCGGCUGGUGCAGGUCGAGCACGCCUCCCACGUGACAAUCACCGACUUCGAGAGUCUCGUCAACCUACGCCACUUACACGUUGCACCGUUUCUAGGGUUAUACUACAAUAGGACUUCAACAGACAUCGUCUAUGAACGCCUCGAUCUUGACCUCUUGGACAUCUGCCCGCUCGCGUCCGAGGCUGAAGUCGCCAGUGUGCUUGCUCAGAUGCUGUCAGCAAUCACGCACCUCUUGUCGUCACCAGUAGAUGCACGAAUCGCUUCGGUAAGGAUUUCCAUGUUUGGACUUGUCAAGUUAAUUCUUGACUUCCGCCACAAACCAACAACCGAUAUCAUCCACAGGAAUGUGAUGCAGCGCUUCAUGGUGUCAUAUAUAGAGCAAGUGGCCAAGGUGGCAUGCCCUCGUUCCCAUGUUUGGACGUUCGACGCUGCUGAUUUUCUCGACAUUCUCUACGCUGGAGAACUACCGCCCUUGUGUGUGCGUACAUGGCAGCUAUUGACCAAUGGGAGUGCUGACACGGGAAAGCACCCAUUUCUGGCCAAGUCACGAGGCCCGGCUGCAUUGCGUGGUCCGGUUCAGCUCUACAUGCGUAAACUUACAGCAACGUACACGCAUGGGUCUUGA